GGGUUAAACCUCUAUAUACUUCUGCUACUAGGAGAACGAGACCUCAGAGUGAGAAAACCAGAGAGAGUACUGCUGUCAAAGCUCUAGACAGCUUUAUCAGACAGCCAGAGACAGACUGCAGCACAGUGCUUAUCUAAGACAACCAGAGACAACUGUCUUCAGAAAGACAAAGCCUUCUGCCAAGGAGAGAGGAAAAGAUUCUACCAGUCACUUGUCAAGGACCAGCAACACACAGAAGCAACCAUGUGUAAAGGAUUAGCUGCCCUGCCCCACACCUGCCUGGAGAGAGCCAAGGAGAUAAAGACCAAACUUGGUACCCUUCUCCAGAAGCCGGACACUGUCAUCGACUUUAUUAUCCAAUACCCUGAAAAGCCUGAGAAGCAAAUCAAGACCACCAAACCGUCAGCUGAUGAGGCCGUGCAAUGGAAAGAUUCUCUGGAGAAGCUUCUUCAGAACAGCUAUGGACGUUCUGCAUUCCAAAGCUUUCUGAAGAUGGAAUUCAGCGAGGAGAAUGUUGAUUUCUGGAUUGCUUGUGAGGAGUUUAAGAAGACCAAGUCACCAACUAAAAUGGCUCUGAAAGCCAAGAAAAUCUAUGAAGAAUUCAUCCAGACUGAGGCUCCAAGAGAGGUCAAUAUUGAUCACUUCACCAAAGCAGUGACAAUGAAGAAUUUGGUGGAACUAUCAUCCUCCAGCUUUGAUUUGGCCCAGAAGAAGAUUUUUGCUCUUAUGGAGAAAGACUCUCUGCCCAGAUUCAUCCGGUCAGAAGUCUAUCAAGAAUUAGUGAAGUAACAGCAUGGUAAAGCUGUGCAGAGCUCCCCAGCAUGCAAUGGUUUCCAUAUACUAAUGUGCUGGUCGGUGGUUUCUGCAGCUGCUUUUCCUAAUGGCCUCUUUUAGUGACAAUGUUAUUGCCAAAAUGUCCUGUGAUAUACAGAUUAUACAGCAAAUAAAUAAUAUUCAAUAAAAGAGAUCAAUUAUGAAACAGUAUUUCCACACAAACCUUAACAACAUUUUAAAUAAGAUAUAAACUUUCAGAGUCCAAUAAUUAUACAAUGAUUGCCUUGUAGUUUAACUUAUCACCAUAUACAUACAAGGUUUAUUUCAAUCUCUUUCCCUGUUCUUAAAUGCCUUGUAUUAAAUUGAUUCUAGGUUUCUAUGAAAAGCCUUAUCUUUUGGAUCUAAGGAACAAAAAACUAAGUAACUAUAAAGUAACAUAAAUUGAAUAGUAAAAUAACAUCAUUUAACUAACAUAUAAAUAAUUAGUAAAUUGAAGAAUGUUAAAAAAAAAUUGCUAAAUAACUCUUAGAUAAGAACCACAACCAACUUUAAUAUAUUACAGCAUUAAUCAAUGAGUCCAUUUUUUUAUUUUACAAUUUUGUUCACUAUUACUACUGAUCCUUUUUUAUUGCAAUUGAUUUCCAUAAAUGGGGGUCAUUUGUUAUUUUUUGGUUCUUCUGUUGUCUUCCGUUGUAAACUACAAUCAUGACAGCUGGAACCUGAAUGGUUGUUGUAUACAACAUGAAAACUUUUCUUUUCCCUCUAACUUUUAUAAAUGGAUUCUCAUGAGAAGACAUCUUAUACAGCAAAAAAUUCAGGGGCCGAUUGUUUUUUUUUAACACUUUCAUUUGCAAUAGAUAUUCCAUUAUAAUUUGAGACCACUGACCAUAAAGACUUUUUUUAAACUUGAAUCCUUUUCUAUUUGUUAUAGUAGUAGUGCCACUACUAAACUCUUAUUCUAAAUCAUUCAUCUGCUCUGUAUUAAUAAGCCCUUGCGACCUGCACAGAAUGUCACAGUAAGUUAUUUUUCUGAAGGCAAUACUUACCUAAACAGGGCAGUAAGGAAGGCACUCCUAGCCCCAGGAUAAGUAUAGAUAACAGUGGCAUAUGGUAAGGUUUUGGGAAUGGGUUGAAUAGCUUACAGAAAGGUUUGAUGGACAAUUAAUUGUGUCAGAUGAACAGGGUAAACAAGCUUUUAUUAGGAAGAAGUGGCCAUUUAUGUGGAAUGGUUUUUGGACUUUGGGAUAAAGGGCUGUAUAGGUCACAUUCAGCAAUGUAAGUGUUCCAUAAUGGAAGUUAAAUUACUUGAAGGGGUGAUAGGGAUGUCUAUUCCAAAAGGCUGGUUGUUAAUUUGAUAUCUGAGGCUGUAAAAAAAACUAAGGUAAGAUAUUGCAAAUAGGAAAAAUAUACUUUUGUAUGUACCUAUAAUUUAAUAUAUUUUCUAAAUAAACUUCCCAAAAUAUACCUGUCCCUGACCUUUUUGUUCCGUAUGCACAACAUUACUUUCUUUCUCAUAGGUCAGUGGUUACAGUGGCAGGUGACCUAAAAAAUAGAUUAAAUGAAUAACGGAAGCAUUGCCCACGUCAGCCAACUUUUUUUUUCAAAUCACGUUGGAGAGUGAAAGCAAACAUCUGAUAUUUGGUUGUUAUAGGUAAUGCAGUCCAUGUCUACCAGUUUAGUAAAUGUGGCCCCCAGUCUCCAGGACCAAAUAAUUAGCAGAUUGUACUCCCUAGUUUGUAUGUGUAAAGAGUGAAGAAGGCCCUAUAGAACCAUAACAAUGUCCAAUUACCAAUAAUAAUCAUCUUCCCUUUUAAUAGAUAAGAUCAGAGUGCAUUCCAAAAGCCUGAGACAACUAACCAAUAUCAUGCAUCUCUGUAAUGUAGAGAAUGUUCUGGUUGGUCAGUGUCAUAAACCACAUACCUUAUCCUGUCUUCUGAGUUAUGAUAGGAACUAAAGCUAAAGUACAAUGUCAUCUAUUAAAUCUAAAUAGUAUUAUACAAAGUACAGGCUCUAUGUUUCAGAUACACAAGGGAUCCUUUCUGUAAGGCAGGCAAAGGGCUUAGUCAUAUUUUUGCAUGCAACUUAUAACAUCAUCUGUGGAAGCUAUGGAAACACUGUCCAGGCAGUCAUCCUUUAAAAACAGACAAGUACAAUAAAAUUCCUUUAGAAGUCACUGUUCAAGCCUGGGGUUGGUUUAGUGAGAUGAAGGAUAAUCUCUUUAUUCAGUUUUUCUUUUUGAAAACAUUGACACUAAGCAGAAUGCCAGUCUGAAUUAUUUGUAAGGUGAGGACAACCUUUGUCUUUUUAACAUUAUCAAUUUAACAUUUUGUUAUCUAUUAUAUAAACUACACUAUAAAAAAUGCAAUUUAUUCCCGGUAUCUUGAUAUUUCAGUAAUAAUGUGUUCACAUUAGUAUACACAUAAGUCCAAAAAACCAAUGCCUACAUUGCCCAUGGCCAAAUUUAGUAGCUGGGCAGAAAAUCUCAUCCAUUUACUAUGGAUAAAUGGUUUAAGAUCUUAACAAGGAAUUGCAGUGUUCAUUAUAUGAAAACAUAUAUUAACAGAACUAUUCAUUUAAAGUCAGAAAAGUAGCUUUGAAUAUUAAUCAGGACCACCUUAUUAACACUUGCAAUACACAAAAGCUUCAUAAGGUUAAAUUAAUGUGAAAUGGCCUUCAAAAAAAAAAUAUAUAUUGUUGUGGUACAGUUUGAGGAAUACAUAGUGCUGGGCUCCCAGUACUGGCCCUGUGUUGAUUGCUAGGCCUUCUACCCCCACUGAAAUUCUUAUGUGCCAAAAUGUAUUAGAGAAGCAAAUCAUAGCAGGACAUCUGUGCAAUUUGCAUCACCAUCCAAUGAAAUUCUUGAUACAACAAUCCAGAAAAAAGUAUCUACUUGUUAUCUUUAACACAGGACACAUUGGCAAUAACAUAGUACAGUGCCAUUAUGCUAAUGCUUUUGCUUAAACUUGUGUUAUGGGACUUCUGCAAAGCCCAGUAAUCCAUGAAAUGAGUCAAUGUGUCUUGAUCUUGUUUAUUUUUGCUGCAUGGUAUAUACUGUAUUCUUGCUUUGUAGGAGAAUGUUGUUAAUAUCUUGUGCAAGUUCAACCAUAAGCCUUUGAGAUGUAUGUAUGAGGAUGAACCUCCCCUGUAUUGCAGAAUAAGAGUCCUACUGAAAACAGUAAAACACUUUGGAAUUAUAUGGUUUUGAUUUAA